UUUUUUUUCUAUUUCUUUCAAUAUUAUGUGGAGGAGCACACUCUUAACUCAACGUUUUACUACUCGUUUACAAAGACGUACUUUAGCUACUACUGUCAACACAGACUUGAAUAAAGCUUACGAUGUCGUUAUUAUUGGAGGUGGCGUGGCAGGUGUCACUUUAGCUUGCUCUUUAGCUUCUAGUCCUGCUAUGCGCAAUAACCGUAUUGCUCUUGUAGAAGCCAUGGAAUUGACAGGUAUACGUAAUUGGGAGCCUAAGCAAGAUGAUUAUUCAAACCGUGUUGUGUCCUUGACACCUGGCUCGUUGGAUUUUUUUAAACGCAUUGGCGUAGCAAACCAUAUGGUUUUAGAAAGAACUUAUGGUUAUCGUGAUAUGAAAGUAUGGGAUGGUGUGACAAAUGCUAGGAUUCAUUUGGAUUCUGCUCUCUUAAAUAACUAUGGCGCUAAAAAGGCUGCUGAACCCAAUACUAUUGCUUAUAUGGUAGAAAACCUCAAUAUUCAAAGUGCUGCAUUGAAGCGCAUGGAAGAAUGUCGAUCUGAAGGUGUCACAGUUGAUUUGUUUCAAAAAACCAAAGUCUCUGAUAUCCAGCGAGCACAAGAAAAGAAUUUGGACACACAAAAAUUAGAUCUUCAAGAUUGGCCUACUGUUUGUUUGGAUAAUGGAGAGAAAUUAAAAGCUCGUUUAUUGAUUGGUGCAGAUGGUAUCAAUAGCCCAGUGAGAAGUUUUGCAGGCAUUGAUUCAUUAGGUUGGGAUUAUGAUGCUCAGGGCGUUGUGGCUACAUUAAAACUUGAUCCAGAACGUCCCAACCAUAGUGCAUGGCAACGCUUUUUACCUACAGGCCCUAUUGCAAUGCUUCCAUUGGGCAAUGGCUAUGCUUCUAUGGUUUGGUCAACAAAGCCAGUCAUUGCUAAAAUGCUAAAGAGCAUAUCCUCCAGCGACUUUUGUAGUUUGGUCAAUGCAGCAUUUCGCAUGUCACACGUCGAUCUUAAUUACCUUUACAAACAAAUAGACGCUACUACAUUCCAUUCAGCCUGUUCUAUUGAAGAAGAAUAUCUUUGGAGAGAAAGUGUCGCCACGAAAUCAUUAGAUGAUCAUCAACUCCUUCAUCGCGAGGAUGGACUACCUCCUCAAGUGAUUGAUGUUCAAGAAGGAUCAAGAGCUUCUUUCCCUCUUCGCUUAAGAAACUCGGAACAUUAUGUCGCUGAUCGUGUUGCUCUUGUGGGUGAUGCUGCUCAUGCUAUUCAUCCACUUGCUGGCCAGGGAUUAAACCAAGGCUUAUUGGACGUCGAAUGUCUUUCUGGUUUGUUACAAAAGGGAAGCACAGAGGGUCAAGAUAUAGGCAAUAUUCAUUUACUAAGACAAUACGCUUCUGAGCGUUAUUUGCGCAACAUCAUGAUGCUUAGUACUUGUGAUAAGUUACAUCGUUUGUUCUCUACAGAUUCUGCACCUGUCACUUGGGUGCGCUCUAUGGGAUUAAAUGCAGUGGAUAGUUUGGAUUUUGUCAAGGCCGAAAUCAUGAAGUAUGCUAUGGGUAUCGAAUACAAUGGUGAUUUUAGACAAUAAAACUAGCAACAUGAUG